CACGGUUACCUAGCGAUGGAUUAGCGUAUGUGGAGAUAAACAAAUAAAACCCCUUGGGAGGUAAUGAGGCUGUGUGUACCGAGUUCAUCUUUUGCUCACUUGAGCUGGAGCAGUUGCUGUGGAGACUGUCAGCUGCCUUCGUGCUUGCUGUUCUCAGGAAAGUCCCCACGAAACUGAAACGCCGGUGUUCCAACGGGGAAGGUGGAUGCUGAGCGCUGAUGUUUUCCUUAGCGCAAGAGAUGUUUUAAUCUGUUUAGGUGGACUAAAAAUAACAAUAAAAGACAAAAAAAAAACAACCAAUAAUUCUCACUGUCAGGUUUCAAGAUCCUAAUGGCACACUCAUCCAGUGAUUCAGAUGACUUUCUUAGGGGUCGAAUAGGAAGGCGGCCGCCUUUGAGGGCAUCCCUCAGCAGAGCUCAGAACUAUGGUGCUGAAGAAGUUACAGAGAAGAUACAUACUUUAACAAGCACUUUACAGGAUACCAACAGAAAUCUGAGACAUGUUGACCAUUUACUAGGACAAUACAGAGAAUACAACAAAGAACAAAUGGAAGCAAUAGCAACUUUAAAAGAAACACUAGAACCAUCUACAGGUCAUUUAAGGAGUCAAAGAUUAAACCGCAACUCUGGAAUGAGAAGUGCUUCUCUCUCAAGCUUGUACCCUAGUGAUCUGGAUGGAGAAGCAGUGUCAGGGAACUGCCACUUCCUGCCUACUUCUCCUCUCAGGGAUUAUGGAGACUCACAGGAUGGUAGACAUCGAAGGUCUAGAUCUGCAAGUGUUCGAUUCAUCAAUGAGGCAGAUCAUUUGGACCAGCUGCAUUCUUUCCACCAGUCUCUUCGAGAUCUCAGUAGUGAACAAGUUCGUCUAGGAGAUGACAUCAGUCGGGAGCUUUCAAGAAGAAACCGGUAUAAACAGAAUAUAACUUCCAUGACUGAUGCAGAAAUGAGAAAAACUCUAGCAGAAUUGUCUGAAAAGCUUACUGAGUCCCAAAGACAAGAAACGGUGUCAGCCCGGGUAGAGAGAAGACUUCAGGAGAUAGAACAAGAAAUGCGUGCUGAAAGACAGCUUGUAGAAAGGCGCCAGGACCAGCUGGGACAGAUGUCUGUUCAAUUACAAGAGGCUUUAAAGAAACGAGAUGCUAAAGCAGCUGAAACAGAAGAGCUCAUGAAAAGUAAACUUGAGAAAUAUGAAAGUGAAAAGAACCGACUUGAGCAAGAAUUGGAGCAGUUCCGGAAAAAGUUGAAUCAAUCAGAAGGCAGUAGAGAAGCUCUUUUGCAUCAGGUUGAGGAUCUUCGUUCCCAACUUCUGAGAGCAGAAGAAGAUCGUGUGGAGUUGCAACAUCAAAUUUCACAUGUUACUAUGCACCACCAGAGCUCCCAGGAUGUGCAAGAAGAUGAAAGGAGAAUUAGGACAGUUGCUGAAAGAUACGAGAAAGAAAAGCAAGAACUGGAGAAACAUAUUUUGGAGCUUAAAGCAAAGCUGAAUCAUAAUGUGGUAAUGUCAGAGGUAGAAGAGUUAAAGAGAUGCAUAGAGCGUAAGGACAAGGAGAAGGCACAGCUUGUAACGCACAUAGAGGUGUUAACAUCUGACCUGGAAAACAGGGAGAAGCAACAGCAAAAAAUGGUAGACCAGCUAAAGGAAAUACAGAGUUGCUACAAGGUGUGUGAGAAUGGACGUAGGCAAGCUGAACUCCAGUUGGCUGAGUUAGCUCAACAAGUUGAAGAGAGUACCAAGGAAGCAGAACGGUACCUCGCUGAAUUCAGGCAUUCAGAGGUACUCAGGCUAGAGACUGAGAAAAAAAGAGAAGAUUUGAAGGUGAGAGCACAGGAAAGCAUCCGACAAUGGAAGUUGAAAUGUAAGAAACUAGAUCGUGAGGUGGAAAAACAAAAUGAAACUAUCAGUGAACUGAUGGACAAGAAUAAUCAGAUCCUCAAAGAAAAGGAUGACCUCAGAAGUCAACUUCUCUCUGCUAUACACCAAAUAGAAAACCUUCGGAAAGAGCUGAAUGAUGUACUUACAAAGAGGGCCCAGCAGGAAGAACAACUUCAUUGCAAAGAAGUAAAACUGAAUGAAAUGAAAUCGCAACAGUUGUGCCUUGAAGAAGAGAUUAAAGAAGUUAAAGGUACUGUAAAUAAAUUGGAGAAUGAACUGAAAAAGCAAGUCUGUUUACAAAAUCAAAUGCAAGCUGAGAAAGAACACUUGGAGCAAGAACUUGCAACUAGUAACUCAAUUCAUGAAAAAGACCAAGAAAGACUCUUAGAAAUGCAAGCAGAUGUAAAAAACCUGAGUGCCAUACGUGUGGAACUAACAAACAAAAUAGCAGAAGAAGAGAAAGUCAGAAAAGAAUUACAUAAGAGCAUCUCAGAUCUCCAGAAACAGCAGGACUCUAAGCAUGAAGAGAUGACUUCAGCUAACAGACAGUUGAAGAUGGAAAGAGAAGUUCACCAACAGGAGUUAGCAGAUCUUCGAUCAGAGUUACAGAAUGUUAAAAUCAGACAUGAACGAAACAUUCAAGAGCUCAUGAAACUCCUUAAACAAGAAAAGGAUGAUGCAGAUGCUCAGAUUAGAAUGCUAAAGAUGGAACUUGUAGAAGAGAAAAGCAUAGUCAAGACUCAAUGUCGACAACUGGAGAAGAUAAAAAUUGAAUGUGAUAAAUUGACAGAAGAAUUGACCCAAAGCGAAGAAGAAAAUAUAAAACUCAGGCGAAAAUGUGAGUUUGUAAAACAAGAACUGGAGAAAAAGAAUAAACAGAUCAGUUAUGAAGAAGAUCAUUUGAGAAGGAUGGAUGAGGCCAGACUGCAAUUUAAGGAUCAGCUGCAUCAUUUAGAAAUGGAACAGAAAUCCAUUCUCACCGUGAUAGGAAGUGAAAUUGAUGCUGCUUGUGAAAUUUUUUCUCGGGACUCCAUGGAGAAAUUCAAAGCAAUAUCACUUACACCAACGGUGCUGAAUGAUCCUCAUCGCUGGUUAGCAGAAACAAAGACUAAACUUCAGUGGCUGUGUGAGGAGGUGAAGGAGAGAGAAAGUAAGGAAAAAAAGCUGCGAUGCUACUUAUUGCAGAGUCGAGAACAGCUUAAGCACUUUACACAGAUGAAGGAGUCUGAACAUCAGUCUCUCUUUAAACAGAUAAAAAAGCAAGAACAACUUUUGGAAGAAGUUCACAGAGAGAAGAGAGAGCUAUUAGAGAAGACUCUCAGAAGAGAGGAAGAAAUGGGAGCUCUCCAGGAGCGAAUUAUGUCCUUAGAAAUGAGUACUCGAGUUGCUUUAGACCAUCUGGAGUCUGUUCCUGAGAAACUAAGCCUGUUAGAAGAUUUCAAAGAUACUGGAGAGUCCCACUGCCAAAGGGAAAUGAUUGAGGAAAGGUAUACAAAGUAUAAAGAAAUUGUGAGUUCUCUGCAGCAGCAGCUGGAAGAUUCAAAACAAAGAGUCCAACAAUUCAAGGAUGUGCAAAUGGAUGCUGACAUUUCUGAUAUACAAGUGGCUGUUCCCUCUUCUAGUUGGCGAACUCAGAACAGUUUUUUGUCCACCUCACUGCUCUCAGAAUCAGGUUCACAUUUGAAAAGAAUGGUUCCUUUUGAUACAAGUGCCACCAAGGAAGAUUCCAUUAACGUUGCUGUCAAUGAAAUGAAGCUGCAAGCAGAAAGAGGGAAGCAGUAGAACGUUGUACAAAAAUGCAAAAGCUUUCUCUGUGGUAAAUUCCAUCCCACUCUCACUCUUUUUGAGCAGUAGUAAUUUCACCUGCUGUAGGAGGAUAUACCCUUAAUGACUCAGCAGUUGCCAAACCCUUAAGUGGAAGAGCCCCAAGAACAAGUCUAAUGAGCUCCUGUGAUAAUUUACGUAACUUGUGCACCAAAGUUUUGGGGACUAUGGUAUCCUCUUGCAUUUGUUACUGUAGUCCUAAACUGAUUUUAUUGUAUCCCUGAAAUAUUAUGAAAUGAAAGAACUGUGAACUUUGCUAUGAGGGUAUUUACCCCUACACAGGAAUAGUGUGGAUAUUUGUUUUUUGAUAAGAUUUUAAUAACACUAUUAAUAAUCAAAAAUAUUCAGAAAUUACUUUGUCUUAAUAUUUAUUAAAAAGUCAUUAUGCACUGUUGUAUAGACACAUUUAUGAUUUCAGGUUCUUCAAUUUGCAACAAUAAUUUAAGGAAGAAGCAAUAAAUAUUGAACAAAAAGAAAUUUCCUCAAAAUCAGUGGAUAUUGAUAAGAUGCUUUCAGGUUCAGCAUAUGUCACUUGUAAGCUCUUUAGUGCUAUUCUUCUGAUCAGAAUAGUUUUAUUAGAUUUGGCAAAUCUGACCUUGUGGAACCUAUGGUGAGGCAUUUAACAGCACCAGCAUUUCAACUGUCUGUAUGAAGCACAUUGAAGGGCACUGCCAUGUGGCUAUGAAAAUUUUAAUAGCAAUGUUUAAUGAUCACAUAUUUAUUCUGUUUUCUACUCCAUUAGAAGAGACAUCAUACUGAAUUUAAAAUGUUAUGGAAAUAUGAUAUUGUAUGGCUGUAUUCAUUUGGAUGUCUCUAUUUUAAACAGAUAAGGUACAAUUCUGCAUUACUGUGAUCUCAAACAGCACAUUGCAGCAGAAUCUUUUGCUGUCAGAAGAAAUGCUAGUGAUUCUGAUGGUCCUGGUUUUAUUUCGCUUCUUCAUUGCUUCUGGUUGAAUCACUACUGAUGUGCCUUAAAAAAAAACAAGCCAAAUCUAUCAGAGUACUGUAGCGACAUGAACACCAUUACAAUUCUGUUUUGUAUGCUUUUUCAUACUUGUGUGUUUCUCUGAAGCACUAUAUUUUUUUUAGCACUGUAGAUGCUCAGGUCAUUAUGUGCCACCUGGAAAUAGGACCUUUUAUCUUUUUAAGUUUCUGAAGAAGUGUUCUGAAGUCCCACUGGGUUCUGUGAACUUGACAGAAUGUAUAUAUAUUCAGCCUGUUUCAAACAGAACUUCCUGCUGGGAACACCAAAAUUGGACAAGAAAAUAAGAAAAUAUUGAAUUAAUUUUUGCCUUUUUUUCUAUAUAACUUUUUUUUUUUUUUUUCUAACAUAGUUUAAAACAUUUUCUUUACCUUCUGUAUGUGUAUAAUGCUAUGCAUUGUAGUGCUGGCAUUGGUUUUUUGCAGACUUCUGGCACGUCUGUUAAUUCAUAAGGUCAGGAAAGCAAAACAGGCACAUCCAUCUCUUCUGAUCUCAACAGUAAUGACAAGGCCAGGACAAAAAUAAAAACAAAUAAUCUAUUUUGGAGAAGGCAAGACAAACAGAAACCUGUUUGUGUCAUGGUCAGCAAAGAGUGUGGAAGUCAUGAAGCAGUGCUUAACUCAGGCCACAGUUAUCAUAAACUAAACUUACUUUAAGUAUAUCCAACAUUUGUAAUUUAUUCUUUUUUUAAUUAGAUCAGAGCACAGGUGGAAAUAGAGUGUUUAAAAUAUUUUAACUAGUUUGGUGAAAUAUUAGGAAAUUGCAAAAUAAAAUGUCACCAGUUUGCAGACUUUAUGGUACCUAAAAAUAUUGCUAAAAAUAUAGAAAGGUAAUUUUAAAAUAUAUUAUACAACAGUAAAUCAUGCUUUCAAAUUACAUCAUGUUCAAAUGAGUCUGAUACAUGGAUUGCUGAUGGAUUAAGUGUAUGCCCAACCCACUUUACUGAAGCUGAAAUAGAUUUUGAACUAAAGCACCUGUAGGUAAAUGAAUGGUGGUCUAAGAGUGUCAGAUGAGAAGCAAUAUGAAAAAUAGCAUCAUCUCAAGUAAUUUGUAAAAAAAAAUCUGGAUAUUCAUUGCUCUUACCAUUUUAUGUAUUUAUACAUUUUUUCCUCACUUGUAAGUAAGAAAUCUGAAGUAUCUUUCCUUAAAACUACUAGUAUCACUACUACUUUGUAGUGUUUGACAAGUACGGAUAAGCAUUCUGCACUCCCUCACUACUGCAUGAGGUAUUAAAUCAUUUUUUAACAAUGCAGGACAGAAAUGACUGCUAGGUGAAUAAAAUCAGUAUGUUCACUGCUCAGUAUAAUUGCAUGUGGCUGUGUGUCUGGGUUUACAGUAGAGUUUUCUUUCCUUUUUUAAAAUUUUCUAAAAGGAAUAGAAGGGAAGAAACCAAACCAUACAAACACACACACACACAAAGAGGAAUUUUUAAUGAGUAAGCUUAUAGUUUCCAAAGCCAGGAAAUUGUUUCUUAAAUUUACCCUCUUAGCAUGUAAUAUUUGUCUCUCUUCUACCUUUGAUAGAGGUUCCUAUUACAAAGUGAAUUUUGUUUCCUUCUUACUGAAGGCUAAAGUUCCAUUCAUGACAUUACAUGAAACUGUCCCUUUGUGGUUUAAGAAAUAUUUUUUCCAUAUUGGACUGAAAUAAUAUGACCAGUUUCAGUUUUUUAAAGUAGAAAACCAGAUCAUUUUUGUAUAAAGCGUAUUGUAUAUUUCAAAUCUUAAAAAUUAUUGUCCUUUCUGGUCAUCAGAAUUGAUUUUAACCCUCUAAUGACCUGUUCAUUCUUGCCUAAAGCAGUAAUUUUCAAUAAUGAAAACACGUGGUAACCCCACCUGAAUUGGUGUUUUAUUUUUAUUCUGGUCAGUAUUUGGUAAACGAGGUAACUUUGUAUAUACGUACUAAUUAAUGGAUAUGACAAGCUAACAGAAGGCAUCCAUGUUUUUUAAUGCUGUCCUGGAAUACAGUGGUUUUUCAGAAAUGCACUGGACCUUCAUUUCAGCAUCAAAUAAUUGUCACUACAGUAACCUUUAAAUUUUGUAAUGUCUAUCAGUUCUUUAAUGAUGUACAGCAGACUUAAGAGUACUUAUUUUUAAUUACUUUUGAAAAGAUAAUUGCUAAAUAUUUAAAAUAAUUUAUUUUUAUUAUGUAAUUGUUAUCCUAAGAAAAAACUUCAAAAUAAAAGUAAAAGGAGGCGGUAUCUGUCCCUUGUGGAGUGAAGUGGAGUGGGACUAAAUUAUGAUAUAAAACAAAGCCAUUAUUUUACAUGUCUCAAAAUUUUCACAGAAGCCAAUGUUCAGUGAUGGUGAAAGUACUCCUUGAAUAAUCAGACCUCAGCCACAUUACUAGUCCUGCUUCAGCUAUCUCACCAAUAUCAAUAAAGAAGAUAAAAUUCCUUAGAACAAAGGAGGAAAUACUAUUCUUAAAUUCUCUAAAGUCCAUUUUUUUGAGCUAAGGAAUCUGCAUAUCAGUUCAUCUCUGCCUUACAAGGCAUAGCGUCUGCACUGUGUAGCACUGAAUGGAUUUUUCAUGAAUGAAAAUGCUGAUGUUACUAUUACAGUAAAGAAUUGUGUAUUUUUGUAGCACAGAUACCAUUUUUAUUGCUGCAAAUUAGUAGUUUAAGACCUGAAUACAUUCUCAUACCUAUAAUAUGCAGAAGAAUUCAUUCAUGCACUUCUGUAGACUGCUUGUUACAGUGAAAUUUUACCUUGGUUCUGUAAAACUGUAUUAGUAACAUUUAUGUCUCUCUAAGCCCUGCCUUCACCACACAGAAGUAAUUGAUACUGAAGUUAGUGAGAGCUGCAAGUCAGUAUCUGGG